CCUUAUGUAUCUAUCAGAUUGAAGAAGAAGAAGCAGCAAGAGCAACAACAAGAACAGAAAAACAGAUAGUUACAAGUUUGAAGAGGAAGAGGAGAAUGGCAUCUCUGUGUGGCCCUGCGUUGAACACCUCCUUCCUGAGGAAACAACCAGUGAAGAUGUCAAGCAUGAAGGCAUUCCAAAACCUUAACUCCGUGUUUGGUGUGAAAGAAGGACGAGGAGGUCGUGUGACUGCCAUGGCUGCUUACAAGGUGAAGCUGAUAACCCCAGAGGGAGAGAAAGAGAUAACAUGCCCAGAUAAUGAAUACAUUCUUGAUGCUGCAGAAGAUCAAGGGCUUGAUCUUCCCUACUCAUGCAGGGCUGGUGCUUGCUCUUCCUGUACUGGAAAAGUUGUGAGUGGCACAGUGGACCAGUCAGACAAUAGCUUCCUUGAUGACGACCAAAUCGGUCUAGGAUUUGUUCUCACCUGCGUUGCUUACCCCACCUCUGACCUUGUUAUUCAGACCCACAAGGAGGAUGAGCUAGUUGAUUCUUAGGAUGUUCUUGUUUUCUUUCAAGUGUGAUGUUGGAGGAAGGACAUGGCAAAGGUAUUUUUUACUUUUGUUCAGUGUCUCAAGUAUUUAUGUUAUGUCUUUAGUUACUCUAUUGUUGUACUGUGGAGAAUCAGCUCCUAUCUCAUGUUCUUAGUUGCUUCUUCUGUAUUCAAGAUAAUCGUAUUCGCGAUUUCGCUUCUUUUCUGCA